GUGCUGCUGUUUUACCUGCUGUUCUAUGGGUUCCUCGCCGGCCUUUUCUCUCUCACCAUGUGGGUUUUGCUGCAGAGCGUCGACCCCCACGUCCCCAAAUACCAGGACAGACUCGUCACACCAGGGAUGAUGAUCCGGCCUCGCACGGAAGGUCUGGACGUGACCUUCAACGUCAGCCAGAGCCAGACAUGGAUGCACUACGUGAAAGCACUGAACGCCUUCCUAGAGCCCUACAAUGACAGCGUCCAGGCCUCCCGCAAUGCAGCCUGUACCCCGGGUCGUUAUAACGAGCAGCCGGACGAUGGGGUCCCUAAUUACCCUAAAAGAGCCUGUAGGUUCAAUCGAUCCAUAUUGGGACCCUGCUCUGGGUUGGGGGAGGCUGAUGACUACGGAUAUGGGGCAGGGAGACCCUGCGUCCUCAUCAAGGUUAAUAGGGUCAUUAAUUAUUUCCCGGGGAUGAAUAAAAGCAUCAACGUCGUCUGUGCCGCAAAGGUGACCCCAUAGCGCCCCAUAGCGCCCCAUAGAGCCCCAUAGCGCCCCAUAGCACCCCAU